CAUCAAUCCGAUCCGCACGGCGACACAGGGCAACACCUCAACGGUUCUACCACCUUGAUCGGAUUCACGCAUUUCAGAAAAUAAUGGCAUUCACACCACGAGGAGGACGCGGCGGCGGACGCGGAGGUGGCCGAGGCGGUUUCAGCGAUCGCGGUGGUCGUGGAGGAGGAAGAGGAGGAGGUCGCGGUGGAGCCCGCGGCGGCGCUCGUGGAGGUGCACGAGGUGGAAGGGGCGGAGGUCGUGGUGGAAGAGGAGGAGCGAGGGGUGGAGCGAAAGGUGGAGCUAAGGUCAUCAUCGAGCCCCAUCGUCACCCGGGCGUCUUCGUCGCCCGUGGAGGCAAGGAGGAUUUGCUUGUCACUAAGAAUCUUACCCCCGGCGAGUCUGUCUAUGGAGAGAAGCGCAUCUCCGUCGCUGCUCCCGCGAACGCUGCCAAUGGCGAUGCCCCAGCCACCACAGUGGAAUACCGCGUGUGGAAUCCUUUCCGAAGCAAGUUGGCCGCUGGUAUCUUGGGUGGUGUCGAGUCCAUCUACAUGAAGCCCGGAUCAAAGGUUCUCUACCUGGGUGCUGCAUCUGGUACCUCCGUAUCGCACGUUGCGGAUAUCGUUGGCCCUGAAGGGACCGUGUUCGCCGUCGAAUUCUCGCACCGCUCCGGCCGUGAUCUGAUCAACAUGGCCACGCACAGGACGAACGUAAUCCCCAUUGUUGAGGACGCUCGUCAUCCCCUGAAGUACCGCAUGCUUGUGAGCAUGGUUGACUGCAUCUUCGCCGACGUUGCCCAACCUGACCAAGCCCGUAUUGUCGGCCUCAACGCACAUCUAUUCUUGAAGGUCGGUGGCGGUGUCAUCGUCUCCAUCAAGGCCAACUGUAUCGAUUCCACUGCCGCUCCCGCGGCCGUGUUCGCGGCCGAGGUCGAGAAGCUCAGGAAAGAGAGGAUAAAGCCCAAGGAGCAGCUGACUCUGGAGCCCUUCGAGAGAGACCACGCCAUGGUGUGUGGUAUCUACCAGAGGGCUGGCUAGAGUGUUGUGCAUUAGCUUUCUGUUUCUGUGCUUAUAGGGUCGGUUGGGCUUCCGGGAUAUGUUGGUCAACUGGCGUUGGGAGUUAAUGAUGUAGGACUGCAAUGGGAAAGACAUGAGCAUCGCAUCCAGGACUCCUGAUGCGCGAAGUCUUGGAUCUCUGUUUUGCUAUACCGAUCGACUUUUCGAAGUUGACAGUAAGAAUGUAAAAUGGUUCGAAAUGCUCAUGUCCGCUACGCUGCUAAUGAAGUAGGACAAAUACGCGUCGCUACGUCUUAAGAACCAGACAUAAUCACUGAUAUUCCC